AAGUUCCUGUAGUAGGUAUUUAUAGCUAGUUGAGUUUCAAAGAUAGUCAUGAUGGAUGAUGAAUUAUGAAAUAGUCAUCGAGUCUGACAGGGGAACUUUAAAUUGUCAUUAUAGGAUUCGUUUAUUUAGUCAAGAGUCGAAACUCUUUCAAAUCGGAUCGGUCAAAGAUGGAGCCUGACUUUUGUUUUGGAGUAGUUCUUUUAGGUAACCACAACGUUGGAAAAUCAUCGUUGCUGUCGUGCUAUGUAAAUGGAAAAGUUCCUGAAAAAAUAAAACUCACCUCGGGAGUUGAGUUCCUUGUAAAAACUAUUGCCGAACCCUGUGUAACUACCAAACUUAAAAUAUGGGAUACUGCGGGCCAUGAGCGAUUUAAGCAUAUAGUGCAAAGUCAUUAUACAAACCAUGAUGGUGCCCUGCUGGUAUACGACAUUCACGAUCGAAAGAGCUACAGUGAUGUGAAGAAAUGGGCCGAGGAACUCAAUGAUUGGACACUGAAACCCAGGAAAGUUAUAGCCUUAGUGGGCAACAAGGCUGAUAUAUCCGAAAAUAGAGUUGUGCCCUCCGAAGAGGCAGAAAAAUAUGCAGAACGAAACGGAUUAAUCUUCUGGGAAACAUCGGCAACCACAAACUUGAAUGUCAACAAGUGCUUUUUAGAAGUUGGUCAGUUAAAUAGCGAUUAUUCACAUGCUUUUAAUAAUUUGGGGAACUUUUUUCCAGCUAUUGCUAUAAGAAAUGCGAAAAAAUUACUUAAGCAUAAAAGAUCAUCUUGGUAUUUGUAAUGUAAAAGAGUAUAAAGAAAAUCUUUUAUUUUGUAUUUAACAUUAACAUAAAUAAAAAUUGAAUAAUAGUCUGUACUUACAUUUUUCUAAGAAGCGGAUUCCCAAGAAAAAAAUCAUAAACAAAACAAAUAAAUAAAAGAAAUGUUGGAGCAUUCUCCCUGUGCCCAUAAUUAAAAAGGAUUUAUCUGUUAAGUUUAUUAACCUUUUCUAAUUCCCAUUUGAUUUCUUUUUAUUUAAAAUUAUAGCUGAUUAAGAUGCCUCUCGAAAUAAAUACAUACUUAAAUUAC